GGAGUUGGAGAAAAGAUGAGGAGCAGCUCUGUGUCCGCCAACGACCAGGAAUUUAAGUCCAUCAGCUCCGGGAAAUAACGAGGAAUAGACCCUUUUUUCCGACUGAAAUGUGCGUCCUGCGGUGCGCGUCUGGCACACGACGAACCCUGAGGAGCGGAUCUGCGACGUUGGACCAGCUCAACCUGCUGACACUGGACUCUGCUCACGUCUGACCUCCAGUGUCGGCGGACGGUGUGUCGAAGAUGAUCAACCCUCGGAUCUUCCUCCACUAUAACUUCACUGGGAAGCUGGACCACCGUCCCAGCAAUGGCACGAGCCGCGGCACCGUGGACACCAAAACCAUCGUGUUCCUAAUCAUAUGCAGCUUCAUCGUCCUGGAGAACCUCACUGUGCUGGUAGCCAUCUGGAGGAACCACCGCUUCCACAACCGCAUGUACUACUUCAUAGGGAACCUGGCGCUGUGUGACCUGCUGGCUGGGGUGGCCUACCUGGUCAACCUGCUCCUGUCGGGGGAGAAGACCCUGCAGCUGUCCCCCGCUCUGUGGUUCGUCCGUGAGGGCAGCAUGUUCGUGGCCCUGGGCGCUUCUGUCUUCAGUCUCCUGGCUAUCGCUAUAGAAAGACACCUGACCAUGAUCAAAAUGAGGCCUUAUGACGCCAACAAGAACUACAGAGUGUUCCUGCUCAUAGGGGCCUGCUGGAUGAUCGCAAUAACCCUUGGAGCUUUACCUAUUAUGGGCUGGAACUGUCUGGACAACCUACCUGACUGCUCCACCGUCCUCCCCCUCUACACUAAGAAGUAUGUCGCCUUCUGUAUAACUGUGUUCAUGCUUUUGCUCUUGGCCAUGUCCAUCCUCUACGCACGCAUCUACAUCCUGGUUAAGUCCAGCAGCCGAAAGGUGAGCAAGCACAGCAACUCGGAGCACGCCAUGUCCCUGCUGCGCACCGUCAUCAUCGUGGUGGGGGUCUUCAUCGCCUGCUGGACGCCCAUCUUCGUCCUCCUGCUGGUGGACGUGGCGUGUGUGGAACGCCAGCGCUGCCCCAUCCUCUACAAGGCGGACUGGUUCAUCGCAUUAGCCGUGGUCAACUCAGCCAUGAACCCCAUCAUUUACACCCUGGCCAGCCGGGAGAUGAGGCGGGCCUUCUUGGGUCUGGUGUGCGGGGUCUGCUACAGGACCAAGGCCUCUGUGAACGGCAGCGGGGCCAGGCCUUCUCUGGAGCCCAGUCGCAGCCGGAGCAAGUCCUGGAGCAGCCAGAACAACCCCAACCAGAACCAGAACCAGAACCAGCAGGCCGGGUCCAGAGCGACGGAUCUAGAGAAGGAGCAGGAGGUCCACAGAGCCCCCAGUCAGGUGUCAGUGGUGGCAGGAGGGGCCGGGCAGGAAGGACAGAAGUAGAAGGCGGAGCUAAUGUUUGUGCAACGUUUCCCAGGGGACUUUACUGGUGAAGAAACGUAGGAUGGACUUCUAUAAUCUGAAUAUAGCUGCAGGGCGGCGAUUUGACCUUUGUGUUUAUAUCUGCAUCAUCUGUAUUUGUACAGCUCCUGUAACAUGUGCUCACUGGCAUUAACCCAUAAAGACCCAAACAGCCAAAGUCGACCUAAAGCAUCUACUGAUGUAAAAUGUUUAACACCUACAGUUCUUCAUCUU